ACUGAGAGGAGCGCAAAGAAGAAAAAGAAGAAAAAGCAGGAGCAAACUAAGAACGCAGAGCCUGAAACUCCGUCAUCAAGUAAAAGCGCCAAAAGGGUGACAUUUUCUGAUCAAGUGGAUAUGUUUCCAUUAUCUGACGGCGGAGUGUCUGAGGAUGAAUUCAAAGAAGAUGAAGGAAAUGUUGAGUUGAUGAUGGGCAAACGGUUCUCAAAAGAAGAAGACGAGUUGGUUAAGGCAGCUGUUCAAGAAUACAUAGAUAACCAUGGGUUAGCAGAAGAAGGUUUAAACAUGGUUAUGAAAUGCAAGUCAAUCCCAAAAGUUAAAAACUGUUGGAAAGAAAUAGCAGCUGCAUUACCUUGGAGGACACGGUCAAGCGUAUAUUACCGAGCUCAUAUCCUGUUUGAAGGAGAUCCCAAGAGAUCAUGGACUCCGGAACAGUUGGAACUCGUCAAAAACUUUGCGGAGAAACAUGGGUCGGACUGGAAAACGCUCGCUGAAGUAAUGGGAAAACACAGGUGGCACGUGAAAGACGCAUGGAGGAGAAUCAAAUUCCCGAACAUGAACAAAAUCCGAUGGUCUCGAGAGGAAUACCAAACCCUGUUUGAUCUGGUGAACAUGGAUCUCAGGACAAAAGCACUACAGGAGAAGAACUCGAAACACGGGAUGCUUCGGGACAAUAUCCCGUGGACGGCGAUAAGCGAGCAGCUUGGAACUAGGACGCAUUCGAAUUGCUGUAUAAAAUGGUACAGGCAACUUACAUCUCCAAUGGUGGCGGAGGGAAUAUGGGAUAAUUCAGAUGAUUAUCUUCUAUUGGAUGAGCUCAUGAAACUUGACGCUGCCUGUAUGGAAGAUGUCGAUUGGGAUAGCCUUUUGGAAAACCGAACAGGCGAGCUAUGCAGGAAGAGAUGGAACCAGAUGGUUCUGCACAUUGGCGUGCCUGGUUCCAAAUCAUUCUCCGACCAAGUUGAGAUUUUGGCCGACAGGUAUUGCCCUGAUCUGGCCGAGGAUAGAGCAGCGUUUGAUCAAAGGCCCUAUGAUGAUGAUAAG